GAAGGUCCUUUUCCCAGCCAUCUUGUGGCUUCAUCUAGCGAAGUGUUCGCACCAAGCCUCAUAGAAUCGGAGGAAAAUCCUGCUGAAGGGGCGCCAUCAUGCCCGGACAAAUGCAAGAAGGUUUUGGCUGUGCCAUAACCAAUCGGUUCGACCAGUUAUUUGACGACGAGUCGGAUCCGUUUGAGCUUCUGAAGCAAGCCGAAGUGAAGAAGAAGGAGGCUCCUGCUCCUGGUGCCGCCAAGACUGUAGCCCAGGCUGCCAAGCAGACGAAAAAGGAGUCCCAAAAAGACAGAAAGACCCCCCUGGCUGAUAAGAAGGAGGAGACCCAGGCACCUGUCCCACUUAAGAAAGAUGGUGCCGGCAUGAGGAGAAUGGGCCGCAAGCCGGAGGGCGAUGGCUCCAGACCCCAGGGCGGCCAGGGAGAGGGGCGCCCCCCCACAGACAGGCGGCCUGUGGACAGGCGACCCCCACGCCGCUUUGAGAGGCCUGCUGGUGACGCUGGCGAGAAGCCCGAGGGAGGCGAGUUCUCAGUGGAGAAACCCAUUGGUGAUAGGCCGAUGAGAGGACGUGGCGGUGGCAGAGGAGGCCGUGGAGGCAGAGGACGUGGCAUGGGCCGCAGUGAUGGAUUUGAUUCCCGAGGAAAACGUGAAUUUGAUAGACAUAGUGGCAGUGACCGAUCUAGUCUGAAAGGUGAGGAGAAGCGUGGUGGAAGUGGAUCUCACAACUGGGGUACCGUCAAGGAUGAACUUAAUGAGCUUGACCAAUCAAACAUCACUGAGGAGAACCCUGAAGGAGAGGAGCAUCCGCCUGCUGACUCUGAGAACAAAAGGGAGAAUGAGGCUGAGGAAGUGAAGGAUGAAGGCCCCAAGGAGAUGACUCUGGAUGAAUGGAAGGCCAUGCAGGACAAGGAGCGGGCCAAGGUGGAGUUCAACAUCCGUAAGGUCAACCAGGGAGAUGACUGGAACAAAGGAUUUGUGCUGCACAAGUCCAAGGCAGAGGACAAGAAAAGCGAUCUGAUUGACCCUGAGGUGGACGAGUCCAAGUUGGAUGAUGCGCAUCACUUCCGGAAGCCAGCCAAUGACAUUACGUCCCAGCUGGAGAUCAACUUUGGAGACCUGGGCCGUCCAGGCCGUGGACGCGGUGGACCACGCGGUGGCCGGGGCGGCCGAGGCCGCGGUGGCAGCGUCGGCGAAGUCACCAGGCCGGUGCGUGGAGGAAGGACUGACAAGUCAUCCGCUUCCGUGCCCAAUGUGGACGACCCAGAGGCUUUCCCAGCCCUGGCUUAACCCGCGGCUGCUGUCCCUCAGGCCUACAGGAGCCUCUUACGCACCUCCACUAUGAGGCUUGCAUGUUCCUGGAUCCUUCAGCAAAGUGAAAUGAUGGAGAAGAAUGUCAUUAACUAUGGCACUCAACGUGAGGACUGAGUUUUACCCAAUAAAAACAAAACAAAGUUGGAAAAAAAAACAGAAAUUAUCAAAAAAAAAAAAAAAAGAGAAAA